UUGCGGACUGCUGUAAAGCAGCAUCGAGUGUCGCGCUGCGUCUGGGGAGGGAGCGGCGGCGGGGGCUGCGCAACAACAAAACGUCGCCCGCCUCGCGGUGUGUCACCGGGGCCCGGGCGGCUGCGACCAGGCCGGGGGGCAGCGGCGCCGCCGCGAGGGACGGACGGCGGGGCGGGGCGCCGCCGAGGAGGAGUCGGUGGCCUCCCGGGCCGCGCCAGGCAGCGACGCGGGGUCCCUGCGGUGCCCGCCGGGGCCGCUUCCUCCCCUCCGGCCCUGAGCAGGGCGCCGGCGGCACCCGCCUCUUCCCUCUCGGCCUUACCGUCUCAGUGCCUCAUUGACGCACAAAGCAGUAUCUUCACUGCGGGAAGCCGCAGCACUCUUUCGGGUUUUGUCUCCUUGAAAAUUUGUCACAAAUUUUCCUUUACGGAAAUGGGUUUUAUUUGUGUGCAUAAUAGGGUUUGUUAUAACGUCAUUUGUUUUGUUUGCAAAGUUGGUAUUCUGUUUCUUAACCCAUAUUAAAAAAAAAAUGUCAGUUGUUUUUUGCCUGAUAAACAAGGAAGCAACGUUCAUUCAGAAAUGUAGGCCAGGAUCUUCAGAGGUAUGUACGUUUGUAACUCUUAUUGAAAUGGACAGGUGUUAAGGAUCUAUGUGCUUUUUAAAGUGUCUGUGUUUCAGUGACUAGGGCUGAGCAUAUGUUCGUGGAAUUUUUGUUUUGUUUGAGUAAGCUCUUCUAUGGCUUGAAAUGAUUUUGUGAAAUCAUAAGCAAGGGCUGAUUAAAUGAUACCUUUAAUUCCUGAUAUUCAAGUACUCUUUCAAAAGAAGAUACAAUGCAGGAGGUAAGAUCUUUCUCUAAUAGCCCGACUUUGAUUUUAAUAUGAUUACUUAAGAAACAAAUAUUUGACAAAAAAUAUAAGAAUUGAGUGCUCAGCAUGGAGACCUAGGUAGUAUUUAUCAUGGUGGAAUAUCUGUAUUAUAAACUAAUAAAGGAAAACUAGGUUUUCAGGUGGUGAAAUAAGGCCAUACGUUGUCUUUAUUGUAACCAGUAGAAAAUUCCAAAGAUAGAUUAAUUCUGGAUACUUAGGAGAAACAUUUUUGAGGAAAAUUAAUAUUUAAAGAAUUGAAAUAUUUUGUCGCUGUUAAAAACAGAAAUUAAAAUUUAUAGUUUCCAUGUCUAUAGUCCUUGCUAGCAAAGUAGUUUUCCACCGAUUUAAAUGUUUUUACUCAUCUUUUUAUUGGAUAGAGGGACUACCUGAGGCAAAAAACCCCCGAAACAAAAAACAACCAAAAAAAAAUACCCCUGCUAGCUAAGAUUAUCACAAAUUCAGAUUUCUACUCUUGCUGAUGUGCAAGGGUUGAAGGGGGAAGAUAUGAUCUUGGUUCAUUUAAUAAAGUGAACAUCUGGUCACCUGUCUCAUGCUGUCAUCCGCAGUACGAAAUGACCUAUUAAAUUCAUGAGACAGGAAAGGCUGUGUGCACAUUUUCCAUUUCACUUUAGUUAAAAGUGUAUAAGACACCAAGCUUCCUGUUUUAAAACUCGUGAAGUCUGGCAUAUUUAAACAUGUUUAUUUUUAUUGAUGGUUGAAGCCCUGGCAGCUACAGCUGUGGUUAUGUCUAGUAUUGGGAGCCUGGGGGUGAACAACAGCUCUUAGUAUUCAUGCAUAUUUCACGUGUCCUUUCAAAAUCUGGAUGGGAACAUUCUGCCCUUUCAGAAAUGUGUCUUUUAUGAAGCCAUGGCUUUUGUAAAAGUUUAUUAAGAGCGUAUCUUAAUAUAUCUGUGACUUGCACUUUAUCUUCAAAUUAAUAACUUUGUAGACCUGCGUAACCAGAUCAGUUAUAACAGUCUUGUCUUUCAGCAGAGGUGGCCAUGUUGCAAUAACAUUUAGCUGACAGCAGUUACUGCCUUUUUUUCCAAGAUGAUGAAUCUUUCAUUUCAGUUGUUUAUAUUUCCUCUAAUGGUGAGGACGUUCUUUUAAGAAGAUCUAGGUAAUAGUGCCCCCCUCCCUAGCUGAUGAACUAUGGAGGUUUAGAUGUCAGACAGCUGAAUAAAUGGGGACAAAAUUGCUGGGGGGGUGUGGGAUGAGGAACAGGGUGAUUUAAUUCACAUGUAAACAAUGGGGAUAGUACAGAGAGACGGAUUUGCCAUAGGCAGAUGCUGUAUGAAGAUUUCCCCACAGCUUUACUAAUGUGCAACCUCCUCUAGGUCAGUUUUAUCACCAGAUCUGUAAUGCUUUAGCUGUUUGCAUGUCAGUAAGGUUGAGAAGAGAUUUAGAAACAUGUAUAUUGAGUAAUGUCAUAUGGGACACAUCUACAACAUAGGAAUAGGAUAAUUAUUCCCAGUCAUAGUCUCUUUAAGUUUUGUCAGUGUAAGUGACAGUGAUCAGCUGCUUCCAAAGUCUACAGUGCUCUUAAAAGAAACAGAAAAUGUAUUUGCAGCCAAAGUGUUAACACUAGUGAACUUCCUUCAGGCUUUAGGUUAGUCUUUUUCUUGAUGGGCUGAUGUUAGACCUAACAGAGACCCAUUAUGGAGCAGAGAGGAAGGAAGGAAGGAAAACGUUUCUUUCGCUAACCCAAAAUUUUAUUGACAAGAUUAUUUUUCUCAUUUAUGUGUUUCAUAUAGUUUAUGCCUUUGGAAAAGUAACUACUGUAAAUUUAAGUGAUGUCUUCCUUAUUAAGUGUUUACCAAGUGAAAUCUGAGAAGGCCGGUUCACAACUUUACUAGCAAGGGACUUCCUUCUGGUUUUUUUUUUGCCAAUAAUGUGCAGUCCUAAUACUUGGCUUCUGUCAAGUAAAAUUUCUGCUUUUACCCACUGCCACUUGGCUUUACUGGGUCAAGAGUGGAGAAGUCUGCUUACAUGGUUCUUCCCUCUUAAACUGGUAGAUCUGCUUGGUUUAGUAUCUGAAAAAUCCCCUACUUCUCACAGGUUUCCUGAAGAACAGCACAAAACUGUCCUAAUGGUUAAUUUCAUGAUUCUCAUUUGCAAGGUUCUUGUUAGCAGUUGUGGCAAAGAUCAUGUCUUUUUUUGCUCGUCAAAGCUUUAUCAAGAACUUUGCAAAAUGACACUGCAUUAAGAACAGUUACACAUACCUCAAAGGUCAAAACUGCCAGGGGGACUAAGAAACACAUUUUUGAAUUAUUUUUGAUGGCUGCGUAACUCAGAAAUUCCCUAGCUGUCUCUGGAAGCAGAAUUCCUAAUUUAAGAUCUUAAGCUCCAAUAAAAGAAAGUGUAUUUUGUCAUUCUUUUAUAAAGCUACAACUCCUGAUUCCCAAGUUCAUUGCUGUUAUGUUUGUCUUGGAGUUCACUGAAGCCAAAACAUUGCUGAUUGCCAAAUCAUAGUGCUUAUGUCUUAAAACAGUGAUUUACAUAGUGUUAAUGUAGUUAACUGGGUUUAAGCCUAGGACAGAGCAAAGAAAUGUCUAGACUGAAGAAUGUGCUUGUGAACACCGUGUUUGUCAAAUCCACCUGCUUGCAUCCAUUGUGCAAAGCCAAGCAGAUUCCUUGCCCAGGUGAGUAUGUGCAUAUUAAUGCUUCACUGAUGCUUGAUUUUAGCUAGGAUUUCUAUGGGUGCCUUAUGGUCUUGGACUGAUUCAUAGUAUAUUGCAGGAGAACUAACUUGUUGUUUGUAGGACUCUAUGCAGAAUUGCUUCUAGCCUGCCAACUCAUCUAGCUGAGGCACUUCCAGCUGCGCAUGCUCCAUGUGUUCUGUCUAUUCCAGCUGGAGCCAGGCCAUGUAUCCAGUCCUAGGGAAGAGCUCUUCUGUUUGUAGCUGUCCUGUGCUGGAUUCUGUUAGAAGAUGUGAGAGACAGACACUUUGAACAGUCUCUCCCUAAGAAUACAGUGGUGCAAAGAUUAGAAGGCCAAUAUAUAGUAUGCUAAAAUUUAGUAGUUAAAACAAGCUUUAAAAGAGCACUGUUUGUCUCAUGGAGUGGUGAAAAUGAAGAACAACCAAAAAUGAAGAACAAUGCAAUGAAGUUUCAAAAUCUGAUGGCAGUUGUGCUGGUAAUGGAACUGAAUAUUGGAGGCCUUUCUUAAAACUUUCCAUGUCUAAAUGGACUCCUGAAUGUAAUAUAGUUUAUACUCUAAAAGCGGAUAUGAAGAGUGAAGUUCCUUCUGAUGCACCAAAGAGACAGGAGAGUCUGAAGGGGAUCCUCUUGAACCCUGAGCCUAUUGGAGCAGCCAAAAGCUUCACUGCAGAAGUUGAGAUGAUUGCCAGUAAAGUAGGGAAUGAGUUCUCUCAUUUAUGUGGUGAUUCUCAAAAGCAAAAGGACAUGAAUGGCAGCCGUACAGACCAAGACAAAAGCAUUGUGGUGCGAAAAAAACGCAAGAGCCAGCAGGCUGGUCCUUCAUAUACUCAAAAUUGUCCUGAUAAAGAAAACCAAGGAAUCUUAGGAUUAAGACAGCAUCUAGAAACGCAGAGUGAAGACAAUGAUUCUUCUUUUAGUGACUGUAUCUCUUCGCCUUCAUCUAGCCUACAUUUUGGAGACUCUGACACAGUAACAUCUGAUGAAGAAAAAGAUGCUCCUGUAAGACACCCUCAGGCAGUCUUGAAUACUACAGGUAGAACUCAUAGUGCAAGGUCACAAAAGUGGCCUCGGACUGAGGCAGACUCUGUACCUGGAUUAUUAAUGAAAAGGCCCUGUUUUCACAGCAGCUCUUUAAGGAGACUUCCGUAUAGGAAGAGAUUUGUGAAAACAAGUUCAUCACAGCGGACGCAGAACCAAAAAGAACGAAUUUUAAUGCAGAGGAAAAAGCGGGAAGUGUUAGCUCGAAGAAAGUAUGCUUUACUGCCCAGCUCUAGCAGUUCCAGUGAGAAUGAUCUCAGUAGUGAAUCUUCUUCCAGUUCAUCUACUGAAGGGGAGGAAGACUUAUUUGUGUCACCUGGUGAAAACCACCAGAACAGUACAGCUGUUCCUUCAGGAAGUAUUGAUGAAGAUGUUGUGGUGAUUGAAGCAUCCUCCACUCCACAGGUUACUGCUAAUGAAGAAAUAAAUGUUACCUCAACAGAUAGUGAAGUGGAGAUUGUCACAGUAGGUGAAAGCUACAGGUCUCGUUCAACACUUGGACACACGAGAUCACACUGGGGACAAAGCUCUAGUUCUCAUGCUGCACGACCUCAAGAACAGCGGAACCGCAGCAGGAUUUCCACAGUCAUACAGCCACUGAGACAGAAUGCAGCGGAAGUAGUGGACCUUACAGUGGAUGAAGAUGAGCCGACCGUUGUGCCAACUACAUCGGCUAGAGUGGAGCCACAGGUCGUGAGUUCUGCUUCCAGUAACAGUUCUAGUAUGUCUACCUCAGAGCAGGCCUCUGAUGCAGCUCCAAACGUCUCCAACAGCCAGCCCUCUGCAGCACCAGAGACGACUUCUAGUCUUCCCAGUGGCGGCACUGCUGGUACUUCAGCUGGAGAUGAUAUAAGAAGAACUGCAUCUAAUACAACACUGGAAACUGGCCCUCCGGCCAUGCCAAGGUUACCAUCGUGCUGCCCUCAGCAUUCUCCUUGUGGAGGACCUUCACAGACUCAUCAUGCAUUGGGGCACCCUCAUACAAGCUGCUUUCAGCAGCAUGGCCACCACUUUCAACAUCACCACCACCACCACCACAACCCUCACCCAGCUGUUCCACUAUCGCCUUCAUUCAGUGACUCCAGCUGCCCUGUGGAAAGGCCUCCUCCAGUGCCUGCACCGUGUGGAGCGAGCAGCAGUUCUGGCACCAGUUACCAUGACCAGCAGGCAUUGCCAGUAGACUUAAGCAGCAGUGGUAUAAGAAGUCAUGGAAGUGGUGCUUUUCAUGGAACAUCUGCUUUUGACCCCUGCUGUCCUGGUUCUUCGUCUCGAACUGCAAUUUAUGGGCAUCAGGCUGGUGCUGGCCCAAGCCAAUCAAUAACAAUAGACGGAUAUGGAUCAAGUAUGGUUGCGCAGCCACAGCCCCAACCUCCUCCUCAGGCAUCACUCUCUUCCUGUCGGCAUUAUAUGCAUUCUCCUUAUGCUUCUUUGACCAGACCUCUUCACCAUCAAGCUUCUGCAUGUCCUCACUCUCAUGGAAAUCCUCCUCCACAGCCACAACCUCCACCUCAAGUAGAUUAUGUUAUCCCUCAUCCAGUGCAUCCCUUCCAUCCUUCAAUCUCCUCUCAUGCAUCUUCUCAUCCUGUUCCACCUCCACCACCAACUCAUCCUUUAGCCAAUGCAACUGCUCCAAUACCACAGCAUCUUCCCGCAACACACCAGCCUAUAUCCCAUCACAUUCCUGCAACAGCACCUCCAGCACAAAGGCUACAUCCUCAUGAAGUGAUCCAGAGGAUGGAGGUCCAGAGAAGAAGAAUGAUGCAACACCCAACACGUGCUCAUGAACGGCCUCCUCCGCAUCCUCACAGAAUGCAUCCCAAUUACGGUCAUGGGCAUCACAUUCAUGUGCCUCAGACAAUGUCUUCCCAUCCUCGACAAGCUCCAGAGAGAUCUGCCUGGGAACUGGGAAUUGAAGCUGGUGUGACUGCAGCUACUUACCCUCCAGGGCCCUUGCAUCCUCACUUGGCCCACUACCAUGCACCUCCUCGACUUCAUCACUUGCAAAUAGGGGCUCUUCCUCUAAUGGUACCAGACAUGGCGGGCUACCCUCACAUCCGUUACAUUUCAUCGGGAUUGGAUGGAACAUCAUUCAGAGGCCCUUUCAGGGGAAAUUUUGAGGAGCUGAUUCACUUGGAGGAACGAUUAGGCAACGUUAAUCGUGGAGCAACACAGGGAACUAUAGAAAGAUGCACAUAUCCACAUAAAUACAAAAAGGUAACAACUGAUUGGUUCUCACAGAGGAAACUGCACUGCAAACAAGAUGGGGAGGAAGGAACAGAAGAAGACACAGAGGAAAAGUGUACCAUCUGUUUGUCUAUAUUGGAGGAAGGUGAAGAUGUCAGGCGCCUUCCAUGUAUGCACCUUUUCCACCAAGUUUGUGUAGAUCAGUGGUUGAUUACUAACAAGAAGUGCCCCAUUUGCAGAGUGGACAUUGAGGCUCAACUGCCUAGUGAAAGUUGACACCACUUUCCAGAACUCUUGUCCUCCCUCUCGCUCCCUCUCAUCCUUCCUGGUACUGCAGUCAACCAAAGAUGGCAUGACUUACCUGCGCAGAUUUGGAAGCAUUGAACCUAGAGUGCUGGCUCUGCUAUAUGGUACAACUAAUGCUAGACCUACAGUUUAUGUAGAAUACAGUUGAUUUUCAGUGUAUUUAUAAAACUUUUUUUUUUAGGUUUUACAUUUUUUCUUUUAAUUCAUUACUGUAUUUUUGCAUGGUUCCUUGUAUUGCAUUUGUUUGCACAUAUUAUGGGCUUUGUGACCCCAAACUUGCAGGCAAGAUUAGCUGCUUUAGUAAGUAGAAUUGUGUGGUCUCUUUUUUUUGGUUUGUUUUACAUAGUAUCGAACUUUGAAGGUAUGAUUUCACUCAUUACUAACCUCGGAUUCCUUAAUUUAAUCGAGCAUAUAUUUUAGUUGAAAUGUAUAAAGAUCAUCUAGAAAAGGAUAUUAUUAUGUAUUGAGACAUUCCUGAAUUAGGAAAAAAUGGCUGCUGUAUAUUUACAAUAUCAAUUCAGAAUCAGAUAACAUCCUUAAUACUGGGAACAGAAUAUGAACUAUAUUCAGUUUGACUGAUUACGUAUAGCAUACUCAUCACCAGAGUUUUUGUCUGAUCAGAUUUUUGUGUUCUUAAAAUUUCAGCACAAUGCAGAUAUAUUUGAAUGUCAAUAUUAAACAUUUAGACUGCUGUUCAGAUUGUAUUUAUCAUUUUCUUCCUAUGUCUAGAAAUUUGAAUCCCUAACUUAAAUAUUUGCUGCUGUUAAACAGCUCUAGUGAACACUAAAUGUUGAUUUCGGUUAGCUGGAUUGUAGAUACUUGCAGGUUGAAAGAAUUAUUAGGGAAAUGCAAAAAGAGCUUAGAAUUUGUUUGGUCUUCUGCUAACUUAAGUUGAAGUAUCUGCGCACAUUGAGGGUUUUUUUUGGUUUGUGGUUUUUUUGGGGUUUUGUUGGUUUUUUUUAAAUAUAAAACCAUUCAAUACGGACUUAGAGCUGCAGGGGUUUUGGUUUGGUUUUUUUUUCGGGGGGGGGGGGGGGGGGGGGGGGGGGAAGGGUUUGUUGUUUGGGGUUUUUUUGGCAGAUAUACAUGCAUUCGUAGAACUUCUAAGGAUUCCAGGCUUGUCUUGGGAUUUUUAUUAGUUUUAAAGUUAAUAAAGUUAGCUAAAUCCAUUUGUCUCUUGUUUUAUUUUUCAUUAGUAAAUUGAAAGCCUGUAAAUUUCUGUAGAACUUGAGACACAAAUUAUGUGGUUACCUAGUUUUUGCCUUGAUCAUAGAUUCCCUUUAUAAAUUACCAACAGUCCAUCACUGAUUUAAAUAUUUUCUAUAGUUAAGAUUUGCUGCAUAAUAUAGUAUAUAGAAUUAAGUUAUAAUGUACUAACAUUUCGCCUUUGGAGGAGGUUUUAAUCCACAUCAGGAUUCAAGUUGCUCAUCAACAUUCUUUCCUAUAUGAUAGAUUAUAGUUUAUUUAAAUGUGCUCAACAUUGCAAAAUGCAAAUGUGCAAAAACAUUGAGACAGUAUUACUGUCACUUUGGAAAAGAUGUUCCUCGGGGAUCAUUUAUGAACAUGUCAAUAAGCUUGCAUUAAGCCACCUGCUUUGUAAGUGGAUUGAAUAAUAAAUACCUUCAGUUUCUCUUGUCUUUGUCUUUCGUAAUCAGAUUAAGUGUAAAAUGGUUUACAGUAAACCUAGAAGAUGAAUUGUUAUGUUUACACUAAAAAAAAGUGAUUCAUUUAUAAAUAUUACUUUAUCUAAUUUGAUGCCUGUUUUUGUCUGGUUAAAGCUGCUUCCCUUUUAUAUAUAUUUUUUUUAUUAAUCUGUUAGGAGUAACAUUUGCCAGUGCAGUGUCUAUUUCUGGCAACAAACUUAACACCUCUGACACUGAGGCUUUAAGUGGAGAGAAAUUUUAUUCCAGCAUAUGUGAUAAACGGACGUUUUCAAGCUUAAUGGCAUUGCUGAAAUGGAACUUAAAACCACUUUGUGCUUGUAUGAUGGGGGAUAUGGGAGAGAGGCAACAUGCAAGUUGACUGCUUCAAAACCUGACGUGGUUUUAUGCUAAAGCUUCUUGAACUUUAUGUCUGUAGGAAACUGAAAGUGAGUAUGAAGUUGAAGCUGUCAUGGUAAAAAUGAAUAAAAGUAACUGGAAGGACUGAACAGACACUUCUUCAGUGACUGUUCAAAAGAAGGGAAGUUAGUUGACCACUGAUGCUUGAAGUCUGAUAAUACUCACUUUUAGAAGUUUCCAAGAAGGUACUUGAGAGACAUGGGACAAAAAAACCCAGGGCCUCUGAAAUAAUUGGGACCUUGUGUAUGUGAUAGAAUCUACGUCUAUUUUGGCUUCCUUACAGGACAAAGAAGCACAGGUUUGGGGGGAUUUAUUUUUUCUUUUUUUUUUCUUUUGUUUCUUUUUUUAAAUUUUAGGAAAUCUUACGCGCCUGAUUUGGGUGCCUGGUACUAGAGCUAUUUUAGUGGUCCAUGAAUUGACUUGUUUUAUAACUGCUACUGAUACUGUCUUGCUUUUAAAUGUAUGUAUAACAUUGUAAUGUGAUGUUGAACACUUAGGUAUUUGCCAGGAAUCACAGUGUUCUGAUCUUACAUGCUAUUGCGGGGCUAAUAAAGCUGCAGCCUACUUCUAUUUCAGAAGGUUGUGACUUAACCAUAAUUUAAGGGAAGGAAAAAGAAUAGGCUUUUGAUUUUGAAAACUUCCACCACUUACUGUGCUUUAUGUGCUUAGAUGCAUUGCCUUAAGUUUUCUGCAGCAUCUUUGACUUUGAAGAUAAGGUUCUCAACAGUAUGCAUCAAAUUACUUUUCAUAUAAAAUUCCAUUGUCAAAAGAAAUCCUUUUGUAUGCAAUAAAUAAAAUGUUAGACUGGUAUCAUUCAAAA